AUGCCUUCUGUAACUGAUUUACAACAACAACAACAACAAAUAUCAUCAAGUAGUCCUGGAAAAUCUACACCACCACCAACACAACAAGCAACAUCAAUGGAUCCAAAUAAUGUUGAUCCAAUAACACAAGCUAUUCUUGUUUUAGAAAAAAAACAACGAAAUUUAGGAAAACGAAAAGAAAAAUUGGAAAGUUAUCAAAAAGAAGCAAAAGAUGGUAAAGAAUUAAAUAAAGAUCAAAACGAUGCAUUGGCCAAAUAUCCGGAAGUUCUUGGUCAAAUUGAAUGUGUUAAAGAACUCAGUGAACAAUUUAAAAAAAUUCAAACUGACUCAACAAAAAAUCAAAAACGUCUUUCAAGACAAGCAGCUGAAGAAAAACGUUUAUUAAUCUCGGAACGUCUACGUGAAUAUGCACAAAUUCGAUAUUUACUUGAUAAUCGACCAACGUCAUUAAAACCUGAAGAAUCAUCAUUAUUAGAUGAAUUAUCUUCUAUUAUAAUCCCAUCAGAUAAUUCAUCAAAUUCAAUAAAUCGUUCAGUUGAUACAUUUUUAUCAAUUUAUCAUGGUGGUCCAUCAUCAACAAUUAAAAAUCUUACAGGAAAAAAUCCACAAGAUGUUAGAGAAAUUCUUGAACAAUUAAUAAAAAAUGUUCAUGUGGAAAAAAAUUCUCUUUCAACUUGUGUAACUAUUCAACAAGAAGAUGAACAAAUAAAACAAAUAAAUGAAACAGAUGAUAUUCAAUUAUCUAAUAAAAAUUUAGAUGAAUAUCCAUUACAGUUUGAUACAAAAAAUCAAAAUACUCCACUUGAACAAAUUAUGCAAGAUAGUCCUUUCCUUCCUGUUGAUUUAAAUAAUCAACAAAUACAAGAUAAUGUUAGAGAUCAAUCACCUGAUCCAAAUCAAUAUUUACAAACCUUUACUGUUGUUAAUUCAAAUAUUACUGAUCAAUCAUCAUCAUCAUCAUCAAUGCAAAAUCAACAACAAGAAGAGUCAACAAAUGUUGUUACUUCAAAUGAUGAACAACAUCAAUCAGAUGAACAAUGGCAACAUCAAGGAGGCAAUGAAACUACACAAAGAACGGGACAAUAUCAUAAUGGAACUGCAAACAAAAAUUAUUAUCGAGGUGGAUCUCAUAAUCAUACUCAACAAUGGAGAGGAGGACCACGUGGUCUUCGAUAUGAUAACACUUAUGGUAGUGAUCAACGACAAUAUAAUGAAAAUACUCGAGCGAGACAUGGAUCUAAUCCACAUUAUCGUGGUAAUCGUGGAGGUAAUUAUCGUCCUGUUAAUCGUGGUUAUCAUAAUUAUGCUAAUGGACAUCAAAAAUCUGCUGAAUAUCAACAAAAUAAUGAUCAACGUCAACAAAUUCGUUCAGCUCCUCCAUCUCAACAACAAUGA